GUCUUCAUGUCAUACAGACGCAAAGGGGUGUUUGGCUUCGGACCACCAGAAUCCCAAGGGAUUUAGUCAGAAACCAUAUCAGGGAAAAAGUUUACAUGGCAACAAGGAAAAUAUUUUGAUUCAUUCACACUGCCCAGACCUCUAUCCUGGAAACAUGGCUGUGGAAAGUUUUUCAGAUGCAUUGGGAAAACUAAAGGAGCUCCAUGAUCGAGAAGUUCAAGCACUGCAGGCGAAAAUUGCUGAGUUAACACUGGAAAAAUGCCGAGACACCCAGAGAAUUGAGGAACUUUUCAACAAGAACCACCAAUUAAGGGAGCAGCAGAAACUAUUAAAUGAAAAUGUUAAAGUCCUGGAGAACAGAUUACGUGCUGGCCUUUGUGACAGGUGUACAGUCACACAAGAGCUUGCCAAGAGGAAGCAGCAGGAAUUUGAAAGUUCUCAGUUUCAGAGCCUACAACACAUCUCCUUAUUAACCAGCGAAGUAAAUGGACUAAAUGAAGAGAAGAAGAAAUUACUAGAAGAAAUUAAAAACCUACAAAGCAUGCUGGGAGGAAAACAACAGAGAGGGCCCACUCCGGAGUGCAGAGCUGUGUCUGAAGUUUCGGCAUCUAGACCAGAUGACAUCUGUCCACUGAAGAGUGCGGAGUCCAUGUCUCUGAAACAGCCAGAGAGAAACAAAAGUGAAGACAGCAGUCACCAAAAGGAGCAAGAUACAAUGGCAUCCCACAGAUGUUCUCCAGCUGAUCCUAUUAAGGACGGAGGGAAUUUUGAUAUGAGCUCCCAGAAGAUAGCCAAUCAGCUACAUGGAACCAUAGCACUGAUGAGGUCUGGUGUAAAAGCAACACUUCCUGAGGGAUGUUUGACCCCAGCAGAAUCUCCUGGCCUUCAGCACAUUCAUAGUGCAGAGCUGCUUACUGCCUCAGACAAAACAAAAGAGACAUUUUCAGUCAAAGGAAGCAUGCGACUGCCCAGCAAAGAAGAACAACGUAGGAUAUUGGAGCAGCAUUUUUCCCAACACUUGCAACAUUUAAGGAGUCAGUGUAAUGGCUCGGAGAGUAUCCGAAUGCUUCAGUCUAGCAUUUCACCAAACCAAGAAUCAGAGUGUAGGACUAGAACUCUGCAGGAAAACUGGAGCCCUCAUGCCUCAUUAAAAGAUCUUUCUGGAGCAUUAAUAUAUGUAAAUGAGCUUAAACAAAGGGGAUGGCAACCAUUAAGAGAACAUAAAGAACUGCCACAUCAUCUCAUCCUUAAACAAUACCUGAUGGCAGCCAAGCGUAGGGAAGAGCCUCUGAAAAGUCCACCUCCAAUUUGGGGAGAUGAAAAAUCUGACUCAUACCUCACAAGCAUAUAUGAUUGGUCCAGAGAGCACAGGAAAGAGGACAAAACCCUGCAGGAAGGAGUCCUAACUAGGGAGAGGUGGUCACCUGCCAACACACCAGGUUCUUUACAGAAAGAGCGAGCAGAAUUAAUGUGCAGUGAUACAGCAGACAGACCUCUGGACUUAUCCGAUUAUGGGAGGGGAAAAGAUGCAUUAGAAUCUUUUACUCCUAGAAACUCUACCCACUUAAACUCUGAACAGUAUGGUACAAAAUGGCUAAAGGAUAUAUCAACACCACCACCACCAUCACCAUCACCCAGGUUCUUCUUUCCCAAAGAACUUUCUCCCAGCCUAUUGCGAAGUGAGGAAUAUUCAGAUUUAUAUCAUUCCAAAGCUGCAAAUAAGAAUGCAAACACAGACUACAGAAAUAGUCCCACAGAGGAGAAAAGGUCAGGGUGCUUCAGUCCAUGCUUUGCUCAGAAAUCCCCACAAGUGGAACACUGUGGAAUCCGAACAUCCUCCUGUUCACCCAAGAGCGGCUCAUUAGUAAGAGAAAAACUACCCAACGCAAGGCACAAACUGGAAAUUGAUGUUGAAUCUGCAAAAAGGCUAUCUGAUGAAACUGACAAUUCAGAAAAUGAGACAGCUGCAGACGGUAACCAGGAACCCCGGGAACAUAAGUACACUUGUCUCCGGGAGCGGGUACAGUUGAGAAACAGGAAGAGGUCACAGCCUUUAGAUGACUCUUGUCCAGCAGUGUACAGGAAAUCUAUCCGAGGAAGACGGAAAGGAAGAGUCAGCCUGUGUGAAGACGAGGUCAAAGCAGAAGGCACUGGAAUGAACAAGGGUCAGCCAUCUAGUGUAAAUAUGUCAUUAGGGGCUCACAGCUGACUAUGGAAAACAGAAAAUGCCUUUUAUCCAACACUGGAUUGUGAAGCUGGGACACUCUAUCAUGGACAAUGGCUUAGAGGAGGGAGACAGGAAACAACAUUUGCAAAUCCAUUGUUAAAUCAGAAUUUAGAAAGAAAGGAACAAAAAGGUAACCUCAGAUGGUAGAAGAGAUAACAUGAGCAAGAGAUGAUUUCCAAAUGUAAAAAAAAUAAAUUAAUUAAUAAAAACUACUGUGGCCAUCUGCAAA